AUGGUGGCGGUGCUGAACGCGACCGGCCGGCUCGGCGUCGUAAUGCCGCACGGCGUGCUAUUCCGCGGCGGCGCCGAGGGCAAGAUCCGCCAGGGCCUGCUGCAGGAGGACCUCUUCGAGGCGGUCAUCGGCCUUGCGCCGAACCUGUUCUACGGCACCGGCAUCCCGGCGUCCAUCCUGGUGCUGAACCGGGCCAAGCAGGCGGCCCGCAAGGGAAGGGUGCUGUUCAUCGACGCGUCCGGGGAGUUCGAGGAGGGCAGCAACCAGAACCGCCUGCGCGACCAGGACAUCGACCACAUCGCCCGGACGUUCCACGCGUUCGCCGACGUCGAGAAGUACGCGCGGGUCGUGCCGCUCGCCGAGAUCGAGCAGAACGACUGGAACCUGAACAUCAGCCGCUAUGUGGAUACCUCCGAAGAGGAGGAGCGCAUCGACGUCGCGGAGGCGGUGCGGAAGCUCCGGAACUGGAGGGCGAACGGGCUGAGGCCGAGGCGACGAUGA